UCCUCGGGAGCGACAGCCCCUCCUGCAGGCUCAGCCCCUUCCCUGGAGGGACAGGCGGCCCUGGGGGCUCUUCUCCCUUCAUCCGCUGCAGCCUGGGGGUUGUUCCCCCGGCAGCGCCCAGCACUCCUGGAGGCCCGGGUGGGUGGGACCCGGCAAACAGCGGCCGUGAUUGCCAUCCUGGCCUGGUCCGGCCCAACAGGCUUUACCGAGGAGCCGCGAGGUUUGAGAGUCCUUAUUUCCCAGCCAGCUCAGGGGGGCUCGGAAAAGGAAUGGGUCGGGGGCUCAAGGCUCGGCCCCUGGAGGAACAGGAGGGCCAGACCCAGCGCCUAGGGCAGCGCGACCAGCGGUCACCCCGCCCCCUCCCCGAGGGCAGCAGGGGUGAGGAGAGGCCAAGACGCCUGUUCCAGGGGGCUCUUACCUCCCCACACCCCUGCGGAGCUCUGUGAGGCUUGACGAGACGCCGCGUUAAGGAGUGAAGAGCGACCCCGGCCGGGAAUCCAGGGUGUGCGCGAUGUCGGCUCAAGCAAAAAAUUCACAUAUAUCCUGGCUCUUCCUUUAUCUCUUUGGAGCAAUUCCCCAAUUUGGAGUUAUCUGAGAGGCUGUCUCCUGGGCUAUGAUCCACAGCUGAUGGUAAUAUUGUCACAGAAUCCUCCCACGUUGGCAUCCAUUUGGAAAAAAUGAGUUUAGGAUUCAGGAGGCCUGGAUCCUACUACCAGCUCUGCCUGUAACCCAGUGGUGCCUGAUGAGGGAUCUCAUCUUCCUGAGCUCCUCCUAAAAGUUGGCCUGCUGCUGUGGGAAUGCUGGCUGCUCCUACUGCUGCGGCUGCUGCCCCAAGAUCCGCCAGUCCCGGAGCACCCGCUUCAUGUACGCGCUCUACUUCAUCCUGGUCGUCAUCAUCUGCUGCAUCAUGAUGUCCAACACCGUGGCCAACGGGAUGAAGGAGCAUAUCCCUUUUUUCGAAGAUAUCUGUAAAGGCAUUAAAGCUGGCGACACCUGUGAGAAGCUGGUGGGGUAUUCUGCGGUAUAUAGAGUCUGUUUUGGAAUGGCCUGUUUCUUCUUUAUAUUCUGCCUCCUGACCUUGAAAAUCAACAACAGUAAAAGUUGUAGAGCCUAUAUUCACAAUGGCUUUUGGUUCUUUAAACUUCUGCUGUUGGGGGCCAUGUGCUCAGGAGCCUUCUUCAUUCCAGAUCAGGAGACCUUUCUAAAUGCCUGGCGCUAUGUGGGAGCCGUCGGAGGCUUCCUGUUCAUAGGCAUCCAGCUCCUCUUACUUGUGGAGUUUGCACAUAAAUGGAACAAGAACUGGACCGCAGGCACAGCUAGCAACAAGCUGUGGUACGCCUCUCUGUCCCUGGUGACUCUCAUCAUGUACUCCAUCGCCACGGGAGGCUUGAUUUUGAUGGCAGUGUUUUAUACACAGAAAGAUGGUUGCCUGGAAAAUAAAAUUCUUCUGGGGGUAAACGGAGGCCUGUGUCUGCUUAUUUCAGUGGUAGCCAUCUCACCCUGUGUCCAAGAUCGACAACCGCACUCUGGGUUACUGCAGUCGGGUCUCAUCAGCUGCUACGUCACGUAUCUCACGUUCUCAGCUCUGUCCAGCAAACCUGUAGAAGUAGUUCUAGAUCAACAUGGGAAGAAUGUCACCAUCUGCGUGCCUGACUUUGGUCAGGACCUGUACAGAGACAAAAACUUGGUUGCUGGACUGGGUACCACUCUGUUGUGUGCGUGCAUCUUGUAUUCCUGUUUGACAUCGACGACCAGAUCAAGUUCGGAUGCUCUGCAGGGGCGGUACGCAGCUCCUGACCUGGAAGUAGCCCGGUGUUGUUUUUGCUUCGGCUCUGGUGGAGAGGACACAGAAGAGCAGCAGAAUGUGAAAGAGGGCCCGAGGGUCAUUUAUGAUGAGAAGAGAAGCACUGUCUACAGCUACGCCUAUUUCCACUUCGUAUUCUUCUUGGCUUCCCUCUAUGUGAUGAUGACCGUCACCAACUGGUUCAACUAUGAAAGUGCCAACAUUGAAACCUUCUUCAGCGGGAGCUGGUCCAUCUUCUGGGUCAAGAUGGCUUCCUGCUGGAUAUGUGUGCUGUUAUACCUGGGAACGCUGGUCGCUCCCCUCUGUCGACCCUCUCCGCACUUCUCCGUGUGAGGAUCGGAGCAAUCUCCUAGGUUCUGCAGGCUGGAAGUGACGUCCUUUGAACAAACGUACCAGGAGUCUGAGCAGUGACUGGUACUUUGUGACAAGCUGGCAUUCCCCCUGGCUGGCUUGAGUGGGUCUAAAAAAACUUAACAGGGGGAAAAAAAAAUCACCUGCUUAUCUUUUUUAAUUCUGAAAUUUGAAAAGAAGCUACCAGUUUGUCCCCCGAAAAUUGAAAUUUUCACCCGAGUGGAUCCUGAGUGAUAUAUUUUGUAUGUGUCUUACCCCUAAAAACUGGGAUAGUAGUUAGGCAAGUAUUUUCCUUCUGCAUGUUUUUACCAAAACAGAGUUUGGGACAUGACAUUUUAUCACAGGGAGAAAAGCUUACCUUGUGUGGCCUAUUAUUCCUAUCCUUGAAAUAGAAAGACAUGACAGAAUCUGGGGCCCUAAGCUCCUGACAGAACGCAGACCCCUCUCCCACACCUCGGCCUGCGGGACCCCUGCUCCUGGUUCCCUGCUAUUUAUUGGCUACAAGAGGAAGCAUCUGCUUUUAACUCCACCCUUGUGCUGUUUCCUCCCAGCCCCCAAACGUUUCCCUUUGAAGUUGUGAUGCUGGGAAUCACAGACUUCACUCUGUCCUUGCCCUUCCCAGAGCUCCCCUCAUCCUUUCUGGGUUCAACAUCUUUGUUAUAAUGUGAAAAAGCACAAUUUGUCAUCACCACCCCUGUGGUCCCCCACCAGGUUAUCACUACCUGAUCUGAGUUACUGCAAUACUAUGACUCUUACACGUGGUGUUACUCACAUGAUUAGAGAACAAUAUUCGUGUUGUUUUCUUUGCUAUAGUUCUUGUUUGUGGAUUGAUAUUCAUGAUACUUUAGGACCUUACCUGGGCAGUUGCUUCUUGACUGAAGCCUGCUGCGCCCCUCUUUCCAUUACUAAAGUCAGCCAGUUUUUUCUUCCACUUGAGGCCUUCGAAAUUGUAAAAGCAAAAGGACUUUUGUUUUCCAGACCUGUAAUGUGACCACACCGUUAAUGUCCAUUAUGAUUUUGGGGGUGGAUUUGCUGAGGUGAGGACCACAGGCAACACCUCAAACAGGGCUGACCAGGUAAGGCCUCCAGUUAUACAAGUUGUACAAGUGACCAAAUAUACUUAGA